UGUGUUUGCCCGCAGUCCCCUUUCCGCCCGGACUCUGCGGCCACCGAAAGCCAUGCUCCCCAAAGCAGCUUGGCUGCUCUCCUUGGCCGUGUUGGGGCUGCCCUUGUCGGCGGAGGAGCCGCUCCCCAAAAUCGAAGGGACCUAUGGGGCCAAGUAUGGCCAAUGUUUCCAGUCUCUUCCUGGUGAAACUGGGGCUUUGAACCUUGGACAGAGAUGGGGAGACCCUUCGCCGACAGCCACGUUGUAUGUUGAUCUGCGCACUGUAACAAGCGCUGCAUCCUCCUUCGACUUCCGCACCUUCGACCCAGAAGGCGUCAUCUUCUAUGGGGACACCAACCCCGGCAAGGACUGGUUCGUCUUGGCUUUGCGGAAAGGGAAGCCCGAGAUGCAGAUCCACAACACCGUCACCAACUUGACCGUUUCAGGGGGGAUGCGUCUCAAUGACGGACGUUGGCACCGGCUGAUGGUGAAGAACGAGGGCGACGUGGUCACCAUGGAAGUGGAUGGGGAUGACCAGCUGGUCCUCCGCCACGUCUCCAGCUCUGUCAUCGAGCACCCGGUCUCUUCCAUGCGGAUCGGUGUUGGGGGCCUCUUCAUCCCAGCCCAGGAACUGCUGACCCCGCUGAACACAGCCAUGGAUGGCUGCAUGCGGCGCUGGAAUUGGCUGAACAAGACCUCCGAAUGGCGAGAAGGGAGCUCCUUGGAGGAAGAAGGGACCAAGGUUUGCUUCCCCAGCAUCCGACCUGGAAGCUUCUUCCCCGGAAACGGGUUGGCCACCUUUUCUCUGGCAGACCUCCCCACUGGACUCAAUUCUGCAAAUGGGAACUGGUCCCUGGCUCUGGAGAUGCGGAUUGAAGGGGCCCCGCAAGCGGCCUCCCUGUUGGCGGUCUCCAGUGCGAAACAUGCCCCAGUUCUGCGCUUGGACCUGCGGCACACGGAUCUGGUGGCCCAGCUGGGGAACAAGACGGUCUUCAUGGCCCCGCUUCCGGCUGAAGGCUGCUUGGACUUGUGGCUCCGGGUGCGAAUCACGGCAUCGCACUUCGCCCUGCGCCUGGCCAACGCAGAGACCCUGAAGCCCAUCCCCAAGACGGACUUCGACCGCCUGAAGCAAAUCUGGCUCGGCCAAAGGGGAGACCUCACCAUCGGAGGAUCACCCGGGUUGGAAAGGGCCCCCUUGGCACAGGAGAGGGGCUUCUUCAGGGGCUGCCUGCAAGCAAUCUGGGUUCAAGGCCAGGAGCUGGACUUAGACUCGGUCCAAUCCAGGAGCAACUCCAUUUGGGCUCAUAGUUGCCCAGGUCCUGAAGACGGAGGCAAAGACACCAUGGACAAUGGAAACUAAAACAUGUGCCCUUCAAUGUAUGCUUGGAAGAAAGAUAGCAGAAUGUUAUCCAAUCUUUA